UUCCCUCUUUUUUUCUUUUUUUCUUCCAUUGCAAUGAUAGCUUCAGUCACUAUGAAUUUUCCUUUCAUUUCUACUCAUAAUAAUUAUCACAAUCUUUCUUCAAACCCAAAAUUUUCUCCUAUUUGUACAAAUAAUUCUUUUUCUUCAUCAUCAGUACGUUUAAUAUGGCCAAUUUCUUCGAAUUCACUCCAUUUAUCAUCAUCAAGUGUUUACUCGAAGCAACUAACCGCGUCUCGCAAUGUCAAUCGAGGGAUCCAUUUGAGGAAAAAACAUAAAAUCAAGGUGAUAUGUGGUAGAAGUGAGCCUUUAAAGGUGAUGAUAUCAGGUGCCCCUGCAUCUGGUAAAGGGACUCAAUGUGAAUUGAUUGUACAAAAGUUUGGGCUGGUGCAUAUAUCAACUGGUGAUCUUCUACGAGCUGAAUUAUCAGCUGGCACAGAUAUUGGAAAUAAAGCCAAGGAGUACAUGAACUCUGGUCGCCUGGUUCCUGAUGAGAUUGUAACAGCUAUGGUGACAGCACGAUUAUCAAGGGAAGAUGCAAAAGAAAAAGGGUGGCUUCUGGACGGGUAUCCACGAACGCUGGCCCAAGCAGAAACUCUGGAAAAGUUGAAUAUUAGACCGGAUAUCUAUAUCGUGCUUGAUGUUCCUGAUGGGAUUCUUAUUGACAGAUGUGUUGGUCGAAGGCUAGAUCCUCUCACAGGAAAGAUAUACCAUGUUACUAAUUUCCCUCCAGAGACCAAGGACAUCAAAGCGAGGCUCAUAACUCGUCCUGAUGACACAGAGGAAAAGGUGAAAUCACGUCUACAAAUAUACAAGCAAAAUGCUGAAGCAAUAUUACCAGUGUACUCAAAUAUAAUGAAUAAGGUUGAUGGGAACCGCGGUAAAGAUGCAGUAUUUGCAGAAAUUGACUCAUUAUUGUCACGAGUGCCGAAAGAGGAACAAGAUGCCGGAAAAUUAGAAAAAACAGCAAUUAUCAGCAAGCAAGCUGAUAUAGCAUCUUUGAACAAGGACUGGAGAGGAAUACCAACUAGACUGAAUAAUAUUCCUCACUCAAGAGAAAUUAGGGAAUAUUUCUAUACUGAUGUGCUUCAGGCUACUCAAAGAGCUGUCAAUGACGGGAAAACUCGAUUAAAGAUAGAAAUCAGUAUCCCGGAGCUGAAUCCUUCAACGGAUGUUUAUCGAAUAGGUACUCUAAUGGAACUCAUCCGGGUACUUGCUCUUUCAUUUGCUGACGAUGGAAAGCGUGUCAAGGUUUGUAUCCAAGGGUCUAUGGGGGAUGGUGCACUUGCAGGGAUGCCAUUGCAGCUUAAAGGAAGUCGACAAAUAUUAGAGUACAUGGAUUGGGGUGAUUAUGGUGCUUUGGGUACCUUUGUCAAUAUUGGUUCUAUAGGUGGUAAGGAGGUUGACAAACAAGAUGACUUGUUCAUUCUAGUGGCUCCCCAGAAUGCCGUCGGAAAUUGCAUCAUAGAUGAUAUGAGAGCUAUGACUGAUGCAGCCGGUAACCGACCAGUUAUUCUUGUCAAUCCAAAACUAAAGGAUUUACCAGGUUCGAGUGGUAUCAUGCAAGUAAGUAGUAACCAUCGAGUCAUAUAUUGGUGAAAGUUAUAGGAAACUCCGUCCUACUUUUUGAUUA